GUGUGGGGGGGGAGGGUGUGAAGCAGCUCACUUGUCAACGUUGUUCACUACACUCAACAUUACACACAACACUACACUCAACAUAUCUAUUGUCACUCCUGCACUAAUAAUACUUUCACUGGAUACUACAUAUCGUGAGUGAAGUGUAGUGACUUCCGUGCGUCUAGUGAGGGCGUGGUCGAGGGUCACACUACCACACAAUGCACAUCAGUGGGUCAUGUGGAGAAGGUGGUGGGAAGGGUGGGGAGGGAAUGGAAGAUAAUGUCACACCAUUCCUGACUCCUCAGCACCUGGCCAGGACUCCUGCUCAGUCCUACUUCAGCAUUCUCAAUUCUGAGGACUCCCUGGAGGUGUAUCAUGAUGCCCACACCACCCCACAGCGACCUCUCCACAACUUCGUCGAUAAGACAGAAAGGAAACGUCAUGCCAGUGUGGGUACUGCGACCAGAGAAAAUGGACUGGCUGUUGAGAUGAAUUUGGUAGACUCCACAAAAACAAAAGGUUUGUUGCCUGCACAAUCUGGUAUGGUUGCUAGUGGAAGAGUCCGCCAUGCCAGUUGCAACACUGCCUCUCUUGCCAAUGCCAGCCUUCAUAAUGCUCUUGGCAAUCCCUACCACAUAGGACGCCUUUCUCUCUCUACAAACUCCCUCAAAAAGAAAACUGAUCGGGACCAGCCAUCAAAGAAAAUAGGAUCAUUGCAGAAAAUUGGUGAAAAGGGAAACUAUAACUGGGCACCUAACAUGGCAUAUGUGGAAAUGAAUGUGUGUGAGAGUGGAUCAAAGGCAAGAGUGCAGGAUGCAGCUUCAUCACUCAUAGUAAAAGACACACCAGAGAAAUUCAGUGACAGGGACAGUGCUGCCUGGAAGAGGAAUUACGUGCAGUGUGUUGGGGUUGACCGUCUGCUGGGAAGGAUAGACGAGGGUGACGGGUUGCACCUCCAACAAGAGAUCCACCUUCACCCAGAACAUGUAGAGCAGCCCAAGGACACUGUAGAAAAAAUGUACACCUUUGGGCCUGUUGAGCGUCGCCGGUUGGCUCUUCAGCGGCUGCAGGAAGAGUUCAGGCCGGAGAACCUUCGCCUCCACCACAAAACUCCUCACUUCUUUGUCUCCUCACAAUGGCAGGAUCACAACAUGUCGUGUUUGUAUCUUGGGUAUCGGAUCUUCUGGGCACUUUACUUCAGUAUGUGGGCUGUGUGGGCCUGGGCAGGAUCCAUGGGCUAUGAUGCAGAUUUUUCUGUGAAAGGUUAUUUUGUCCUCUACAUGACAAAUUGGGGAAUUUGGACCCUAGCUGUAGAUACAACCAUUCAGGCCAUUAAUGUUGUUCUCCAUUGCAAGAAGAUUUCAGAGGAGGGUGAUGCUACAUAUCCUUCAAUGACACGCUUAAUGAAAGUGUCAUGGAUUCUCUCCAAUAUCACAGGAGCGCUUCACAUCUUCAUUACUUCAGCAUACUGGAUCACUGUUUAUCCUAAUAGGAGCGGUGAGUCCCAGACAACAGAAAGCUUCCCAGAUGAGAAACUGAAUGAGAUAGGUGUGAAUACUCAUAUUAUGCCUGGGCUGUACAUCUUGUUGGAUGUUGCUGUGUCAGCCACUCCACGCCGUCUUCUUCAUGCAUACCAACCAUCAGUCUUCAUUUUUGUCUAUACUUUCUUCAACCUUGCGUAUUACUUGUGUGGUGGCCUG